UGAACAAGAAUUAGUCUUAGUCGGAUCCAUUCUUGGUCAAGAGUUUGUUGCAACCGAGACUAAAGGUGAACUUGUCAUGAAUUUUUCUUGUUUUCGAAAAAUCCAGCCAAAAUUUGGUCUGAGAUGUGUUCGAUAUCUGACACAAGUCUCAGGAUUAAACGAUGUGGUUAUAGUGUCAGCUGUUCGAACUCCAAUUGGCUCGUUUUUGGGCUGCCUGGCUGAAGUGCCUGCUCCUCAGUUAGGGAUCAUUGCAGUCAGGGAGGCUGUUAAUAAAGCAGGCAUUGCCCCUGAAGAGGUGAAGGAACUGUAUAUGGGCAAUGUGUUGCAAGCUAUGGAGGGGCAGGCCCCUAGCAGACAGGCAGCUCUUGGUGCAGGUCUUCCCGAGAGCACACCGACGACGACAGUGAACAAAGUGUGUGCGUCGGGAAUGAAAGCCGUGAUGUUGGCUGCCCAGAGUCUCAUGUGUGGACACCAGGAUGUUAUGGUGGCUGGAGGAAUGGAAAGUAUGUCAAAUGUACCAUUUUAUGCUAAAAGGGGAACAACUCCAUAUGGAGGAUUUACAAUGCUGGAUGGCAUUGUAUAUGAUGGUCUAACAGAUGUAUAUAAUAAGUUUCACAUGGGUGUUUGUGCUGAAAACACAGCCAAGAAAUUUGGCAUUUCUCGUGAAGCCCAAGAUGAGUUUGCCAUUCGCAGCUACAAAUAUAGUCAGGAGGCAGCAAGCAAGGGCAUCUUCAAGAAGGAGAUCGUCCCCGUCACCAUUCCAAAGAAGAGAGGAGAUCCUGUAACAGUAUCUGAAGAUGAAGAGUACAAGAAAGUCAACUUUGACAAAUUUAAAUCCCUCAGACCAGUGUUUGUCAAGGAAAAUGGCACAGUGACGGCUGCCAAUGCCAGUACGUUGAACGAUGGUGCGGCUGCACUCGUGCUUAUGACUGCUCAAGCUGCCGAUAGAUUGAAAGUGAAGCCUCUUGCAAGGAUUAUUGGUUUUGCUGAUGCUGCUGUGGCACCCAUCGACUUCCCAAUUGCACCCGCUGCAGCUGUUCCCAAGAUUCUCAAAUUCACUGGGGUCAAGGCCAGCGACAUUGAUAUGUGGGAGAUCAACGAAGCGUUCAGUGUUGUGGUUCUAGCCAACGUAAAAUCUCUUGACAUUGACAUUCAGAAAGUGAACAUUUACGGUGGGGCAGUCAGCAUUGGACAUCCUAUUGGCAUGUCUGGGGCUCGCCUCACCGGUCUCAUGGCUCACAACCUGAAGCCUGGACAGAAAGGUCUGGCCUCCAUUUGUAACGGCGGCGGUGGAGCGUCGGCCAUUUUGAUAGAAGCAUUGUGAUUGGUCGGGACUAAAUUACACAACAAAUGGUGCACACCGUAAAAGGAUCUCCUGAAUAUUAAGCGAGGUGCAUCGAUUAUUUUUCAAUCAAGCAGCUACCGUGUGAGAUUUAGUAUUGUUCGACAUGUCACAACGUAUGUGUGUAUGUAUAUAUAUAAAUAUAUAUAAACUAAAUAUAUAUAUGUAUCUGUAAUAGUCAUAUAAGCUACUUUGGUUAAGCACCGACCUCACGAAUAAUCAUCCAAUAUAGGUAACAGUGACCUGUAUUUAUAAUUAAGUAGUCAUUUGUCCAAUUUUUUUUAUAUUUCUACCUCUAUACCUAGUGCAGGUUCACAGUAUUAUUACAUUAUUUAGUUGUAAAUAUUGGAAGCACUGAUCUAAAAAAAUUAUAGAUCAUUUAAAACUAUUAGAAAUUCUAUAGAUAAAUCCAGAGAAUUGUGAAACUUUAGGGAAUGCAGUUAUAAACUGUUAGAAUAGUGCAGGUUCACAGUAUUAUUACAUUAUUUAGUUGUAAAUAUUGGAAGCACUGAUCUAAAAAAAUUAUAGAUCAUUUAAAACUAUUAGAAAUUCUAUAGAUAAAUCCAGAGAAUUGUGAAACUUUAGGGAAUGCAGUUAUAAACUGUUAGAAUGGAAAAUCAUUAAUAUCAUCUAAUAUAGGUACCAAGUCGCAUGCUAUCAUUGUAUGUUGUAUGAAUCUUCAAAGUGUACUUCAAAAAUGAAAUAAAAAACCUGUAUGUGAAGCAAG